AUGGCCAGCAACAAGAUUAGUGAAUUGCUCAAAGACCUCGACUCAAUCUCAAUGUACGCUACUUCCGAUGAAUAUCAUCCAGUCGACAACUUCCAAAUAACACCAGACCGCCGUCCAACCAUGCCGUCGCCGCCGGCGUACCGAUUUCCUGUAGCCAAGCCUCCACAGAGCCCGGUGUGGAGAACAGACUACGACCACCGAAGUCUCAUUCAUUCUCCUUCCCAUCUUGCUUUUCAGCCCUACACAGACGCCAACGGCAAUCCUAUACAGGUCUUACCGCCGUAUAAUAGACGCGAUCAGUACUAUACGGAUCCUGGAAGGAGACAACAACUGCUGCCAUCGGAGACAUCGAGGCCAUCUGAUCGAGUCCGAAACUUGGUUAGAGACCCGUCUUUUGGUGUACCAGACCAACAACAAUUCAGUAACCAACAGCAUUAUCCUCAGAACAACCAAUCGAUAACCGGAACUGAGAAGAAGGACCGCAACAAGAAGACCAAGCAGAAGCGGAAGGACAAGCGUCAACAAGAGCAGCAGCGACGACAGCGUGAGAAGUCACAGUCGCUAGUGUCUGACGACAACCAUCACUACCCGCUGCCACAGGCGUCUGGUUUCAACUCAGCAGCAAACGAAGAUGUCAAUGCGAUCGAGAUUAGUGCUACGAGAAAUCGACUGAGGAAUCGUCUACCCGAGCCGGAGCCUGCUUUCGACGACCAAACCUCGACACAUUUCUUUCCGCCACCGUCUCCUGCAGCUGAGUUCGAUCAUCCGUACUCGAGACAGUCGCAGAGUCUGCCGUAUCUUCCACACCCAUCUUCUCCGGCUUUUGUCCUGCCUGGUCUUGCGUUCCAUCAGCAACACAUGCCCGCGACCAACGGGGCCGGGCCCGUCACACCCACUAGCCCGGCUGUUCCUAAUAAUCCUACAUCCUCCAUCUCGAACCGAGCCCGUCGUCUGCCCAAUCAUGUCCAAGUCGCCGAUGCGUACAUCUUCCAGCAGAACAUCGAUGCUCGCCUGGAGAGCAUUGGCGUAACACACGCUCGCGAAGAUGCCUUGCGUCUCGCUGGCGUACAGUGGCUCGACCAGGUCAGGAGAGCUCUGAAGCUGCCUGUAAGAACCUUCGAUACGGCUUGUAUCUACUACCACAAGUUUCGGCUCGUUCAUGGAGACAACGAAUAUGCAUACGUCGAUGCUGCGGCUGCUGCACUCUUUGCAGCAUGCAAGAUAGAAGACACGCUCAAGAAGAGCCGAGAGAUUUUGUGCGCAGCACACAACCUCAAGGCGCCGAGCCGUGCAGAACAGCUCAGUCCGGAUGAUCCUGCUUUUGAUGCCUCGGCACGGACAAUCCUAGGUCAUGAGCGACUGAUGCUGGAGGCCAGCGGAUUCGAUUUUAGAAGUCGACAUCCUCAAAAUCUGUUGAUCAAGAUGCUGAAACAAGCUGGCCAUGGCCCAGAUACACUGGGCUCGAAGAUGAGCUUCAAAAUCAGCUUAGAUCUGUACCGAACGAUGGCGCCACUGAAGCAAGGCACGGCAGCCAUGGCAGCUGCCUGUCUGGAAUUGGCUGAGCGCAUUUGCGACAAGAUGAAUGGUAGUAGCACACGAAAGAGUGAGGAGGAGAUGGAGGAGGCAUAUCAUGCUUGGGGCGUGAGUAGAGCAAUGGUCAUGGAAACACUCCUCGAUCUCUUAGAUAUCUACACCUCCUACCGCACCUCGACCUCCCUGGGCCCGACAGUUCCUCUCGAUACCUUCCUUCAAAUCCGCAUUCCCCUCAACGAGGAAGGUGCUCGUCGAAAGCUACCCCGAUUUACCGAAUACAUUGAGCCACGAAGCACUAACAACAAUUCACAAUCCAACGAUCGCACAAACGCCACCGGCAGCAAACCUCCCAGCGGUCCCCGCAAUGCCCACGGUCACAAUAUGCAGAACGGCACUACCAAUGGUGGCCCUGCGACAAGCAGAACGAGUUCGAAGAACACGUCUCCUCAGGACAAAGACAGCAGUAGCCCAGGCACUGGUGGGAGUGGAAGCACGGCUGCUACUGGAAUCGCUAGUGCAACACCUGGCGGCGUGGUGAGACCGCGUGCUAGUGUGCGUGGCCGAGAUGGCACAGUGCGAUUCAUGCUCAAUCCGGAGCGCGAGAGGGAGGAACGAGGUGUUAUCGCGGAGUACGGUGAGGCAGAACUACAGCGAUAG